AUGAAAGGUACUGUUCUUCUCUUCAGUCUGCUCUCUGCUGUGCUUCUUGUUGUUGGAAGACCUUCCAACGGGCUGAAGACGCUCCACUUGGGAAGCUGUGUGGUCACCAUAAACCUCCAGGAAAUACAGCAUGGAUUUUCUGAGAUCCGGGACAGUGUGCAAGCCAAAGAUGACAACAUUAACAUCAGAAUCUUAAGGAGCACUGAAUCUUUGCAAGACACAAAGGCCUCAGAGAAGUGCUGCCUCCUCCACCAUUUACUGAGCUUCUAUCUGAACAGGGUGUUCAAUAACUACCAGACCACUGACCACCCCACCCUCCGGAAGCUCAGCAGUCUUGCCAAUUCCUUUCUUAUCAUCAAGAAGGACCUCCAGCUUUGUCAUGCCCACAUGACAUGCCAGUGUGAAGAGGAAGCAAUCGCAAAAUACAACCGGAUUCUGAGUCACUUCGAAGAGCUCGAGCCUCAGGCGGCAACAGUGAAGGCUCUGGGAGAAUUGGACAUCCUUCUUCGAUGGAUGGAGGAGUCAGCGUAG